AUGAAUGCACUUUUGGUCAAUCUCCUUGUCACGUUUAUUUUAGCAGUUUCUUUCAAUGUUGAAGCACUCAGUCCUCACUACUACGAACAGUCAUGUCCACAAGCCGACGACAUUGUAACCAAUGCAGUGAAGAAAGCUAUGUCAGAUGACAAAACCGUCCCUGCUGCGCUCUUGAGGAUGCAUUUCCACGACUGCUUCGUUAGAGGAUGUGAUGGGUCGGUGCUGUUAGACUCUAAGGGGAAGAACAAAGCAGAGAAAGACGGACCUCCUAACAUCUCACUCCAUGCGUUUUAUGUAAUUGACAAUGCAAAGAAAGCAUUAGAAGAGCAAUGUCCUGGUGUCGUCUCUUGUGCCGAUAUCCUCUCACUAGCUGCAAGAGAUGCAGUUGCUCUCUCAGGAGGGCCUACAUGGGAAGUGCCAAAAGGGAGAAAAGAUGGAAGAAUAUCAAAAGCAAUAGAAACAAGACAACUACCAGCUCCUACUUUCAACAUCUCUCAACUACGUCAAAGUUUUGGCCAAAGAGGCCUCUCUAUGCACGAUCUUGUCGUUCUCUCCGGAGGACAUACACUAGGAUUUGCUCACUGCUCGUCGUUCCAGAACAGGAUCCACAACUUCAACACACAAAAAGAGGUUGACCCAACACUAAACCCAUCGUUCGCCGUUAGCUUGAAAGGAGUUUGCCCAGCCCAUAACAAGGUGAAGAACGCUGGAGCGACCAUGGAUGGAAGCACGACAUCAUUCGACAAUGUCUACUACAAGAUGCUUAUGCAAGGAAAGUCACUCUUCUCAUCCGACCAAGCGCUUCUCACAUCGCACUCUACUAAGAAUCUCGUGGCCAAGUAUGCGAGUUCUAACGAAGAGUACGAGAGGGCUUUUGUGAAAUCCAUGAUCAAGAUGAGUAGUAUCAUUGGGAAUGGUAAUGAGGUCAGACUUAAUUGCAGGAGGGUUCGCUAA